AUGAUUAGUAAGAAGAGACGUCGGCGCGUUGCCGAUGAGAAUCGAAAGAGAGCCCCACGAGCAUGCGACCGCUGCAAAGCGAGGAAAAGCAAAUGCGUGGAAUUGGACACCGGAGGAAAAUGUCAGCGCUGCGAAUUGCACAAUCUCACAUGUAGAUUUGAGAAGGAGAAGUCACCAUGUUUUUCAAAUCCACCUCAAUCGUCACCACAACGUUCUGAGCCUGCGCCUGUGCCUGUGCUUGAACCUGGAGCAGCACUUGAUCUUUCCAAUUCCUCGGGAAGUGUUCCAUGUGAUAACAUGACUGAUGAGAGCCAUGAAAUUCUUUCUCAAUCUUCUACAUUGUCGAAGGGGCUUGCAAACCAUGGAAUAGAUCAAUCAAAGAGGGCCCCGUGGCCGAAUAUCUUAUCCCGACUCCGAGAGGCGUUCUCGCUCGAUCCUCACGCCGCUCCAGAAGAAGGAGAUAUGUUUGCAAUGCAAGCACGUAUGACUAGUUCAAGAGAGCCACAUGCUUCUGAAUUAUCAAGAUUAUGCGCUGUUAUUGAUUCCUUUCCACCGCGCCCUGUGGCAGAUUUCCUCUUAACAGUAUUCAUAGAUCAUGCAACAGACACUUUUUUUUACGUUGACCAACAUCAAUUUCUAUCUGACAUUGAUGAGUUCUACCUCGAUGUGAACUCAUCUUUACGGUCUGACCCAGGGUUUGUAUGCCUUGCAAUGGCUGCCUUCGCGUUAGGAAGUCAUUGGACUUGGGUUGUCAGACCAGAGGGCAGAGGGUCUAGCUACAAUAGGGAGAUCGAUCUUGGGCGAGUAUUUUACCGCCAUGCCAAAACCAUCGUUCCCGACAUCAUUGAUAGGUCAUGUCUAAGGUCCAUUCAGGCCGUCUUUAUUCUUGGUGUCUAUCUAAUGCCCGAAAACGCUAUCGGCUCUUCUUACAUCUACAUGGGCAUAGCAUUGCGUAAGGCGAUGGCUUUAGAUUUACAUGUGCAAACAGAGGAUCAGGGAAUGGAUGGGCGAGAAAGAGAGAUCCGACGUCGGCUCUGGUGGUCUAUCUACUCUCUUGAACGGUGCACUACAAUAAAAUUGAAUCGGCCUAGAUCUAUUUGUGCAGAUUCAAUAACCGCAUCACAUCCUUCGCCAUAUGCACCACUUGAUCAAUUGCAGAAAUAUGACAAUAUCCAAUAUCAAAUGGCCUACGACCGGUUGAUCAAAAUCCUUGACCAAAUUGCCGAUCUUAGUGACGUAUUGACGGAUCCGGCGGAGCUCUCUCGCUGUAUGAGUUCGGCAGCGGACCUGAAAGCGUGGAAAAAUUCUUUGCCCGCAGAUUUCAAGCUGAGCAAAAUCAGCUCUAAAACUUCAAGUUACCGCACAGUGUUUCAUCUCUAUCUUAACUACUAUUAUGCAUGGAUCACAAUGGGCAAAGUCGCACUUGUUACAGUCGCUCGAACAAAACUGAGACAAAACUCACCAUCUGAACUAAAGCCGCCACACGUUGAUGAGAUAGUCCAAAAUAUGGCAGAAUCUUGCGCAAAGUCUGCUAGGAAGAUUCUUCGACUCUUUGAACAAGUUACGGGUACACACAAUGUUACAGGCUUCUCUUUCACAGAUUUCCAAGGAUGCAGCAUCGCAACCAUCGUGACCCUGCUUGCUGGAAUAUUGGAACGCGAUUCUGGUUACGAAGCCAGUAUUAAAUUUGGCCUCAAUUGUCUCAGGAGGAUGUCAAGAGGAAAUAUGACGGCAAAAAUCGGCGUCAAAUUUGUCGAGGCUGUGCAGUCGAUUACAAACGAGGCAAGAAGAAAGUAUGAUGAUGCCACGACCUUCUCUCGAGAUCAUUUACGAAAUCCGGAUGCAACCAUAGAUUCUGGAUAUAGUGAGUGGGCUGAAUGGAUGAGAGAACAAGAUGCUUCUCAAAGGAAAGAUAGGACUGGGUUUUCACGUGAUAAUGCAAUCAACAAUGAUGUGAUUAUACCGCAAGAAACAGCUGCUUGGCAGCUUUCUCAUCCCACACUAAGUGGAGAAUCAUCGUGGCAAGCCACUGGAGAUUCGAUCUUCCCUGCGAGUUCACUGAUACCUGAAGACUUCGGGGCAGACACUGCAGUAUCGCAGCCGUCAGAAAUAGAUUUGGAUGUUCUUCAUGGUCUUCAUACUGAUGAGCACACAUUCUUUAUGGGCCUCACUGGCCUGGAUUCUCUAGACUUCUCUGAGCUUACAGGCCAACUAUAA